AUGUCCCGCGCCACGGACUCCGAUCCUCAAGCGUCGUCGUUACCGGCGUCAGUAUCGCACUCGACGCAAUGUGCGGAGGCUCAUUCGACCGAAUCCCCGUCUCCAGCGGCCUCACAUGUGCCGUUCGAUCAAUGGUUCGGCAGUUUCGACGCUGACGUGUCCGCGUCGCUCCCGAAGGCGGGGAUAGACAUCGUGGAGAUUGUACGCGAUAGAGGCAUCUCCAAGGCUGUGGAUGUGCCUUAUUUCGACCUGCCCGAGAGGGUGAUCAGGUCAGCUUCUGAUUGGCUGGCGACGCAGGGCAGCAAAGACCUGGCAGCAGUGGCAGCUCUGCUCAUCCACGUGGCACUGCAUGAUAGGCCGCCCAGCGACCACGUGACCAUCUCGAAGGACGCGGCUCUCGCACUGCUCGCCAUUCUCCUGCGCCUGCGACCCGCCACUCUCCAGCAAGUGCCCGACGCGCUGCUGCCGCCCAUAAAAGACAAACAAAGGCCGUCCAGUGCCCAGCAGCCGCCCACCAAGGAUGGUGCUUCAGCAGGCACCCACGUGGCAGAGGGGGAUAGGCUGGCGAUCCUUGCAUGGAUAUACGGGCAGGCAGCACGGGCGGACAGGGUGGCGGGCAUGUCGCUCUUUAUCCACUGCCUGCUGCCGCCUGCCAUCCACCCCACCGCCUCCCCCGCCAGCACGCACCUCGCCCUCACCUUCCUCGAGGAGGUGGUGUUGGAGAAUCGCAGGAAGGCAUACGCGGAGCUGCACAGGGGUGCAGUGAGGGGCGGGCUGCGCCUCGUGCCGCCUGAGGCGCUGUGCUCGUUCCUGCUCGCCGCCUUCCCCGCCAAGGGCGACUGCACUGAGUUCACUCCGCGUUUCGCACACGCGUACCUGAUAGUGAAGCAGCUGGCGCUGGUGAAGGGCACCAUCACGGGGGACGCUGGCGACUCUGACGCCGCCUCACAGGCCGCCCUUUCCCGGGCCAAGUCCAGCCAGGAAGCUGCGGAGAAGCUGCUUCCUCUCAUGUUUGACGCUGCACGAGAGGGGUCGGAGGAGGCAAGGGAGGAGGCGGGUGCCAUCGUGGUGUGGUGCCUCAUUGAGAACCCUGCCUGCUACUCCCAAUGGGAGCGCCUGCACAGCGGGGCGGUGGACACGUCGCGGCACAUGCUGGGCGGCGUGGAGCGGCGGUGGGAGGAGGUGAAGCUGCAGCUCGCCCCCUACGCGCCCCUCAGAGCCUUCCUGCACGCCAUCCGCCGCCAGCACACGCAAGCUCUAAGAGCUCUCGACCAAUCACAGGUGGAGGAACGGGCCACCAUCCGCCAGACAGACGCGGUGGCAAGGAAGCUUCAGAGAAAGAUCUCUCGGGUGCCUGGGUGUUUAGCCACAGUGGCCACUUUAAUAGCCUCUGCUGCCAUGGUGUACACUUUCUAUUGGCUCAGCCCGGGGAAGAACCCUUGGGGAUGGGAUGGCUAUAUCCUUCUCAGCAAGACGCACAGAUGGUACUGA